AUGGAGGCUCAGGCUGUGGACCUCCUGGAUCGACUCGAAGAUUGCGGGCUGGCGGCUGGUUUGACGGAGGAUGACCUCACCGGUUCCACGAGCGCACGCGAGCCCCUGCGCACAGCAUGCGUCCAGCUAGCACAGCGUGUCUGGGCGCUGAGGCAUCACCUGACCAUCCACAGCCACACAGCUCUGCAGCGCGCUGUCCUGGCCCUGGGCGCGGCGGCGGAGACGGAGGCGGCGGCUCGGGGCGGGCGCCUGGACGCUGCCCUCGGCAGGCUGGCCCAGGCACUUGACCCCGGUUUCGCGCCAGGGGUCCAGGCCGGCGGUCGCACUGCUGCGCUGGACGCCGUGGUGAGCCUCAUGCAGGCCGCCGCCCUCCUGAACGAAGGCGAGGCUGCUGUGGGCGGGGCAAGGACAGACGUGGCGAAGUCGGCGGAUGAGUCAAAGACUGUGGAUGGGACAACAGCGUCUGGCGCGACCGAGGCGACGCCAUCUGCGGACCCUGCCGAUGCCACGGUGGUCAUGUCCGCCGCGCUGCGCGCGCUGGGGCGGCUGGUGGGCGCCGACGCCGGUGGCGCCAGCGCCGUCGCGCUCGCGGAGGCGGCCGCGGGUCGCGUGGAGGCGCUUGCCGCCCAGCUUCCCCCCGGCUUCUUUGAUCCGCUGCUGCCCGCCCUGCCAGGGCCGGAGGGGGAGACGCUGCGCGCGGCGCUGGUCGAGGUGGACGCCGCGCUGCGCUCAGAGUACACGCUGCGCCGCGCCAUGCUCAAGGAAAGGGCGGCAGUGACGCUGCGCUCGCUGCUCUGGUCCGACAGGCUGGAGGAGCCGGAGGCCAAGGCCUGCGAGGUCAGCAUCGACGCCGCCCUGGCUGCCAUGCCGCCCGACCCCGUCGUCUCACUGGACGAGGUGCAUGCCGCCCGCCUCGGCGACCUCUACUCCAUCAUGGACGCGGCCACCAGCGGCGCGGGGUCCGGCGCCUGGGUCAAAUCCGUGCGCAUCGGGGCCGUGCCGGACCGUGGAGGGAGGGUGGAGGGGCGGGCUCGGGCCGCGCCUAUGCCUGGCUGGACCGCGAGGAAAGCGGGGAACGAAAAAGGCAAGCACCAGCACAGGCAGAAGAGGUUCAAGAAGAGCUGA